GUUGGUCCCCAUCUUUCAAACGAAUCUGGCGAACUCUUAGAUAAUUUACUAAUAUGCCUGAGCCACCCUCGGGCACCCCUUCGUAAACGAGCAAUUCAAGCCUUGGGUAGUUUGACUUGGUCACUUAGUACACCACUCGCCACUACUCUUCUCGCCUUCUUGCUGGUUCGGUUAGCAGACACUCUUACCGCAGCUCACUUAACUAGCCUUCCUCCUGAAUUUACAUCUAUUCUGCAAACAGCUAGGCAGUUAGUACAGGCUCGGGCACAUUUGGAACCAGAAUUGAGUCGCCCAGCCAGCAUGGAAACCACGAAAACGUUGCUCCAAUGUCUUAAUACUAUUACGUAA